AUGGCUACGACUAUCCCCCCAUCGACAUUCUCUACUGGCACAUCUUCAUUCCGCGCGUCGCAAUCGCAAAUGGCCACGCCCGUGUCGUACUCGGACAGCCCCCUCACGCAGCUGCCCGCAGUUGACUUCAAUUUUGACGAUCUACGAAAGCGCAUGGCCGAUUUCACGAUCAAGUUCGACGCAUUCAUCGAACGAGGGAGGAAGAGGGUGCUAGAAGAGAGGAAUGAAUUUCGAGCGCGUCUGGGGGAAUUGAACGAGGAGCAGCGGUCGGCAGGCACACAAAUCGUAACUCUGCAAUCCACUCUGUCAACACACAGCCAGGUCCUCGCCCGUGAACAGGCAGAGAAGAACGAGAUGCACGCGCAGAUCUCCAAACUGGAAUCCCACCAAGCGGCUCAAUCUGCCCAGCGAGACCGUCUCAAAUCCGCCAUCGCGCAAACACAGCGACAGAUUGAUGCGAAGCUGCAGGCUCAGAGGGAAUACGCAGCGAAGAUGGAGGGGCAGAGCCGACUGAACGGACCUGAGCUGAGUUUCUGGGAGACGUAUUUGGGUUGUCGAAUCGAAGGGAGUGGGGAUGAGAACAAGGUCAGGAUUGUUUUUGUGUUCCCGCCUGUGAAAGGUAGUGGCAGUGGCAGUGAGGAAAGGGAGGCCCUCUUCGAACUGCUGGUACCCGACACCGGGCAUGGGAAAUACGACGUGGUCUACAUGAAGCCUAGGUUAGAGGCCGCCAAAGUCGCAAAGGUCGUGGACCGGUUGAAUGCGACCAGGGAGAUCGGGACUCUUUUGAAGGGGAUGAGAGGGUUGUUUGUGGAAACGCUGAAAUGA